AUGUCUUGCGAAGAAACCAGGUUCAAUCUGGAUAUCUCCAGCGACACGGCGAAACAAGUUCAGGAGCGUGGAGAUGAAGUUGCUGGGCCAGAUGAGGAGGAAUUGAUGACAAAGACUGGAAGAGAAUUUCAAAAGAAAAAGGAGGAGAACCGAAAGUGA